GGCCUCGGGGGUAAUCCGGUCUGAGCUCUGGCCAAGCCUCGAUGAGAUAGAGAAUCGAAGAAGAUAUAAGAAGGCGUCAAAUCACGACUUUGGGAGCUUCUUCAUUCUUCUCACCAAGCUUCUCAUUCCUUUCUUUACUUGGGUCUCCGAACCUUCCAUUCUCUUACUUUUUUUUCAUUCCAGGCUUCAUUGAUUGAAGACCGCCUUUGUCAUUCUUUCCAAACCAUCCUUUUCAAGAACUUUCACGCUGUGCGUCGAUCGAAAAAUGUCUGUUGCUAAGUUUGCUGGUGUUAUCCUCGGCUCGGCCGCUCUCGUCGCUGGCCACGGUUACGUGUCGGGUGCUGUUGUCGACGGAACCUACUAUGGCGGCUACAUUGUCACUUCCUACCCCUAUUCCAGCGAUCCCCCGGAGACCAUUGGAUGGUCUACCGAGGCGACCGACUUGGGUUUCGUCGACGGUAGCGAGUAUGCUGAUGCCGACAUCAUUUGCCACAAGAGUGCCAAGCCCGGUGCCAUCUCUGCUGAGGUCAAGGCCGGUGGUACUGUUGAGCUCCAGUGGACUACCUGGCCCGACAGCCAUCACGGCCCUGUCCUGACCUACCUUGCCAACUGCAAUGGUGACUGCAGCAGCGUCACCAAGACCGACCUCGAGUUUUUCAAGAUUGACGAGAGCGGUCUCAUCAACGACGACAACGUCCCCGGUACCUGGGCCAGUGAUAACUUGAUCGCCAACAACAACAGCUGGACUGUGACCAUUCCCUCUGACAUUGCGGCUGGCAACUACGUCCUCCGUCACGAAAUCAUUGCCCUUCACUCUGCUGGUAACAAGGAUGGUGCUCAGAACUACCCUCAGUGCUUCAACUUGAAGGUCACUGGCGGCGGUGAUCUCGCUCCUUCUGGCACUGCUGGUGAGAGCCUGUACAAGGACACUGAUGCUGGUAUCCUCGUCAACAUCUACCAGUCUCUUUCCUCCUACGAUAUUCCCGGACCUGCUAUGUACAACGCUACCUCCAGCUCCUCCAGCUCCAGCUCCAGCUCCAGCUCCGGCUCCGGCUCUGCCAGCUCCGCUGCCGCCUCUAGCAGCUCCAGCACUACUGCCGCCGCCGCCGCUACCAGCGCUGCUUCUUCCGUCACCUCUGCUGCUGGCUCCGUCGUUACUCAGACUGCUACCGCUGUUGAGACUGAUACUGCCACUGCCUACCAGACCUCCACUGAGGUUGCGCAAGUCACCGUCACCGGUAGCGCUCCCCAGCAGACCUACGUUGCCACUCCCAGCAGCUCCAGCUCUGCCUCCAGCAGCUCCAGUGCUUCCGUGUCCACCAGCACCAACCUCACCAGCUACUUCGAGUCUCUGAGCGCUGAUCAGUUCCUCAGCGUUCUCAAGCAGACCUUCACCUGGUUGGUUAGCGAGAAGAAGCACGCCCGUGACCUCUCCGCCUAAGCGCUAUGCUCUGGGGUGAACACUAGAUCGAUCACGCUUCUUUUCCAAUCUUCUAUAUAAAUAGCCAUUGUGCUUUUCCAUUUUACUGUGAUUAUUCUAUUCAUUACGGGUCGGGCAUCCCGUUAUGUAUCUAUAAAAUCAAUUCAGAAGCAC